AUGUCCUCAGUCGGAUUCUUGGGUGGAUUGGAUAUUGAACCAUUUCGUGAUACAAUAUGUCCCGGUCCUGAUAAAGAGUGCCAUAUCAGGAUCGACAAGCAGAACCUCUACGACUUCUUGUCCGAGACUAAUAUCGGCCUAAAGACUAUCCCGGACGAAAUAGUAUUCGGCUUUGAAGAUUCCCAGGCUGCGUUCGAUUACCUGAAUCGGCCAAGCACAUGGGCAAAGAUGUGGUCAAAUUAUGGUUUUGAGGGCCACAACAAUCUACCAGUAUUCGCUCAUUCCCACUCUGGGGCAUUGGGAAUUCGUUAA